AUGAAUUCUCAAUCUUUGAUUAUUCUUUCCAUUCUUUUUGCGUUUGUGAUGUUAUUUACUGUUGAAUCGGUGACAGGUGAAUUGGAUGCCGUCGAGCUCAUGACUCAUCAUUUGCAAAAACGCCACUGCUUUUGCGGUCAUUCGCAUGUGCCUUGUGCUUGUGAUGAACUUAACACUGAAAUGACGACUGCAAUGAAAUUAAAAGUGUCAAAAAUAUUUAAAAGAUGUACCAGGGAUGCACAUUUUAUAGAAAACUAUAAUAGGAUGCCAAAAAAUUGA